AUGCGUCUAAUGAACGUUGGAACAGAGCUCCUGGAGAUAUUUGUCAGUGAUGUUCCAGACUAUGCUAUUCUUUCGCAUACGUGGAGGGACGAGGAGAUCAGCUUUGAAGAUAUGCAGCAGCAGGCUGGACUUGAGCUCAAGAAAGGAUUCGCCAAGCUCCGCAAUUGCUGUGCUUACGCUCGUCGCGAAGGCUUCAAAUACAUUUGGAUAGAUACGUGCUGUAUCGACAAAAGAGAUCCCACUGAGCUCUCUGAAGCUAUCAAUUCGAUGUUCCGGUGGUACUCAAACGCCGCGAUCUGUUAUGUCUACCUCGAUGACUACGAUGCAACUGGGCAAACUCCUCUUGAGAACUGUCGGUGGUUUUAUCGUGGUUGGACCCUCCAGGAACUGCUUGCGCCUUAUAGCGUUGUGUUUCUCGAUUCUUCUUGGACGAAAUUUGGGGACAAGUCAUCUCUUCGAGAAAGAAUUUCGGACAUCACAGGCAUCCCGAAGCGAAAUUUGUUCGAUCUGUUCGAUCGGUACAAUGUAGAGGUCAACGUAGGAACCAAGAUAUCUUGGGCGGCACGUCGAAAGACUACGAGGGUAGAGGACGAAGCUUACUGCCUUUUAGGUUUGUUAGGCAUUCAUAUGCCUUUGCUAUAUGGAGAAGGUAAGAAUGCGUUUAUCAGACUCCAGGAAGAGAUCGUGCGUAUCAGUAACGAUGAGUCUAUAUUCGUGCACAGUCAGUCCAUCAAGCAACUAGAUAUUGUGCGGAGCUUAUAG